GCCAUUUUCAUAUCGGUUUAGCCUACAGGUUGCCGUUGAAUUUUUCUGCAUAGGAAAUACGUUGUGCGUGAUUGCAGGACGGAGUUAAAUUUUUGAAGAUUCUGUGUGCACCAUUGAAGCCAAGGUAUUGUGUGGCACAUAACAAUUUAGAAUAAGUAUUCAUUUGUUAUGGCGUCAAGGUCUCUUACUUCGCUUUUCUUAUGUGAAGACAUACCAUCGCCAACUCUCAACAUGUUGAACGACAUUGCUGAUCCAGAUGUGUUUGAACAAGAAAUAGGCCUAGUUCAAAAGCUUGACUUUGACUCGACGAACAGUGACCUGGAAAAUUCUCCGUGCAGUCGUAAGUCAAAUAUUUUAGAUACAAGCGGGUGUUUUACUAUAUCUGUUGGAACUGAUGUUGAACUUGAAGAAGACAAUUUUGACUUAUCUGCUGAUUCUUUGCGCGAAAAUUAUCAUGAACGUCGAGGAAACUUUGUUACUGCAGACAUUUCACCGGUAGACUUAAAGUUAAACGUCUCUUCUACUUCUAGAAAUACAUUUGGAAGGCCGCCACAUAACGUCUCAACCCCUGAUGUAAUGUCUAGCAGUGCCAACGCAAAAACAAAAGUAAACACUGAUGAUACUCCUCCUUAUAAACGCGUUCGUGCGUUGAGAUUGUUCGAAUCACCGCAAACACCAAAAACAUUAUUAAAGAGAGCAGAACUUCCUAGCAGUACAGAAACAAGAAAUUGUAUCCGAAGCCGAUUAUGGACAGAUUCCAAGGUAACAAAUAACAAUUUAGUUUUUCCAGGGUCAUCUUUCGAAAGAACGAAUAGUAAUGUUGGAAUUUCAGCAGAGUCAAAGAAAAAUCAUUCUGGAAAAUCUCGAAUUCCUGCAGCGAACAUUAAUCCGUUUACACCAACUGGAAUGAUGUUAGAAGCAAGGGCGAAAAAAAGGAGAAAAAGCAGCAGUUACAGCAUGAAUGAAAGUAUGUUCAACAAGAGUUUAGAUGAACUGUUCGAGGAAGACUGUGAUGAUGAAGAAGAAGAUAUUUUACCACCAAAGAGAAUUAACCUUUCGGAUACAAGCAUAUCCCGUUACAAUGAAGAAUUCCUAGAGCUCUGCCAGAUUGGAUCUGGAGAGUUUGGUAGUGUUUACAAAUGUGUUAAUCGUUUAGACGGAUGUGAAUAUGCUAUUAAGAAGUCAAGAAAUCCCAUUAAAGGUUCUUUUGAUGAAAAAACAGCUUUAAAUGAGGUUUAUGCUCAUGCUGUAUUGGGUAAACACCCGCACGUAGUGCGUUACUACUCAGCUUGGGCAGAAAACAGACAUAUGGUCAUACAAAAUGAAUACUGCAAUGGUGGUAGCUUAGCUAGUGCUAUAAUAGAGAACAGGAAGUCGGGACGACACUUUAGUGGGGAGGAACUCAAACAGAUUUUACUCCAAGUUGCUGAAGGAUUGAAGUACAUACAUUCUCAGAACCUUGUUCACAUGGAUAUAAAGCCAGGUAAUAUAUUCAUUUCAAGAAACAUGAAAUCGGUAUCUGCAACGUCCCGUGUAGGAGAAUCAUCUGAUGAUGGUUUUGAGGAUGAUGAGAAUGAUGAAGAGGAGAUCACAUAUAAAAUAGGUGACCUAGGACAUGUGACUUCUGUUACCAAUCCCCAAGUUGAAGAAGGGGAUUGUCGGUACUUACCAUUAGAAAUCUUGCACGAAGAUUACACUUUUCUGCCAAAAGCAGACACUUUUGCUCUGGGUCUCACAGUCUUUGAAACGGGUGGUGGUGGUCCUUUGCCAAAGAACGGAGAGUUUUGGCAUUCAAUCCGUGAAGGUUAUUUGCCUGCACUUCAUCAGUGUUCUUCUGAUUUUAAUAAAUUAUUAACACAAAUGAUUCAGAAAGACCCAGAACUAAGACCUUCAGCAGCUGCACUCACCCAGCAUCCUGUUUUAGUACCAUAUGCCAAUAAAACCAAAUCUCAACUAAGGAAAGAACUAAAUGCUGAGAAGUUUAAAAAUGAACUUCUUUCAAGGCAAUUGCAAGAAGCUGCAAGAUGUUUGCAAGGAAUUCCAUUGAAGCCAUCAACUAGUGAGACCAGACUCAAUAGGCUUGUUGGCCAGAAAUUUACUCGAAGCAUGAGUGCAACAAACUUCUAGUGUGUACAGAAUGUGAUUUCAUGGAGAAAUCACUAUAUACACGUAUAAUUAGAUGGGAGAUAUAUGCCAAUAUUAAAUAGACUUAUUUUUCUGAGUAAGAAAUAUAUUCAUUACCAUUAUUACACUUCUAAAUGCUUCUGUUUUGCUGAAUGGCAACUUGCUUGCAUAUAGUUAGUAAUGUAAAACCUUAAAAUAUAUUUUUAACAUUUGGAUACUUUUAUUAUUCAUCAAAACAUAUACUAUCUUAGUCAUAAAAUUGUUUUAAGCUUGGGGUUCCUUGGUUAUGAUAAAUGCUUUAAUGCAUUUAAAAUGUAAACACUUUGUUCUCUCAUGAAUUUUAAAGGAGUAAAGAUAGGAAAAACAAGGAUGAAACUAGUGGUCACAAAAGGGCAAGAUUUGCUGAGUUUAAAAACUUGUAUAUGCUUCUUAAGUGAAGUGAAACUUGCAUAUAAUUUUUUUGUACAGGUUUGUAAAUAGUAUGUAAAAAUUCUAGUUUAAUCACUGUUGCUUGCUAUUGCUAAAACGUUUUGUGUAAUGAUGUUAGUCUGAUUGUUAUAUUUCUUUAGUUUUUCUCCCCCCCAAAAUGUUGCAUGUUAUUGUUUUUUCUGGCAUGUCAUUUAGAAAAUAAACUAAAAGAUGAGACUUUAAAAAGAGUGUUGUCUUUAAAUAUUAAAAUAAUAAAAAUCUGGAUUAGUCAAUCAACCGUUAUCACAGACUGUUUUCCUUUUUGAAUUUUAUUAUACUAAAUACCUUUAUAUGAGGUUAUCUGGAUUAAUAAUGUUUUUACAGCUACAGGUAGUCAAAAUUGUCUUUUAAACACUGUUAUUGUUUUUUUGAAUAUUAAGUUAAAAAUCAGUUUGUGUUGGUAACAUAUUCUAACUGGAUUGGGAAUCUAUUCCUUAAAAGCAUUAAAAUAAAAUUUUCAGUAUACUAUUAGAAUUAGUGUCAAAUGUUACAUAGUAUGCAGUUGUAUAUUCUAUCUGUUCACAAUUUCAACAUUUUACAUACAGUGCUAUACUGCGUAGACAUUAUAUGUAUUUAUGAUGUAGAAAACCUUACUUAAAUUUCAUUACACUGAGUAUUUCGAUACAUUUUAACAUGAUUAUGUAAUAUGAAACACAACAACAAAUAGUACUGAAAUAGAUUGAUAAAAGAUUUAACAGUUUACUUAGAUUGUGGGUUACAACAGAGAUGUAAACAGUUUUGCAAUAUAGUCACUACAUAAAUAUCCAAUUCCACCUUCA